CCACCUUUCAUCCGCACGCUACUAGCUCUGAACGUUGAUAAGAGGCCACAUCAGCGACUCUGUGUUACUAGACGUCGCCAAAAUCUGAUGCGUCGCUCUCCGUGAUUGCGCGACAAAUCGUAAGCAACAUGGUCAACGUCAUACCCGCCGCCAAAACGGCCGUAGCGGCCUAUGCAUAUGCCGUCACCCAGGCUGGCAAUUCCUCGAUCCCCUACUCCACUACCGCGGCAGCCAUGGCAGAGCUCUACCACGCCAAUUUCACGAGCUUCACGCUGGGAACCAUCACUCUCUUCCCUGACAAGGCAUUUUCGCGCGCGGCAGUUGAGGAGAGCCUAGUGAAGUACAAUAAAAGCGGACUAGGAACGGAUUUCCGGUACGAGACGAACCGAAUUGAAGCGGUGGGUAGGGAAAGCGCUGUGGUUUGGAUUACUUGGAGAAUCGUGCCACAACAAGACUCUGGAAGAGGCGGAACGGAGAAGACGAAAUGUCAGGAAGAGGGGUGGAGGUUCACAGAUGUUUAUGGGUUCAGGGUGGCAGCGAGCGGACAAACUGGGGCGUGGGAGUGGUCGAAUGCUGAUGAUGAGUAUGAAAAGUUGCUGGAGAAUUAUCCCGCGUUCUUCUCUUCUUAACACCAAACAGGGGAUACCUUCAAGAUUCGCAAGGAGUGUCGGCAACAGGUAAGGUAGGUAUGAUUUAUUUUCAUCACGUACUAUGGUGGUGAAUGGACUGAUGGAAGGGUAGUCGAUCGGCCAUACAAUCACACUGAUAUUACGCUUCAUUACUCGCU